UUUUAGUUUGUCGCUUGUCAGUUUGUCCAAUAAUCAUAGCGGUUGGUUGACGUUACGCUGUCUAUUAUAUGUUUUGUGUUAAGCAGUGUAGCGUUUAACAAUUAAUCCAUAAUGAUGGCCGAAUCGGAUACCACCGUGGAAGCCACAAGAAGAUUGAAUGUUAAAAAACAAACUUUAGAUGAUGCAUAUGCGGCCCCAGCAAAUUUUCUAGAGAUUGAUGUAGUGAAUCCUGUGACAACAAUAGGUGUUGGAAAAAAGCGUUUUACUGAUUAUGAGGUUAAAAUGAGAACCAAUUUACCAGUCUUUAAAGUAAAGGAAUCCAGUGUUAGGAGAAGGUAUAGUGACUUUGAAUGGCUAAGAAAUGAACUGGAAAGGGACAGCAAAAUUGUGGUUCCUCCUCUUCCUGGAAAGGCUUGGAAAAGACAGUUACCUUUUAGGGGUGACGAUGGAAUUUUUGAAGAGGACUUUAUAGAAGAUAGAAGAAAGGGUUUAGAAGUUUUCAUUAACAAAAUUGCUGGCCAUCCAUUAGCUCAAAAUGAACGAUGUCUGCAUAUGUUUCUACAGGAACCGCAAAUUGAUAAGAACUAUGUUCCAGGCAAAAUUCGUAACACAUAAAAA